AUGUUGAUAAACACAUAUCUCGCACUACUGUUAACGACCUCUUUAGAAUGUUACGAACAGGAGCAAAUCGAAACUAAAGAGUGCAGAGAAAGAGAGAGGCUGGUGACGUCCGACAAAGAUGACCUCUACGCCCUGGUAGAUGCUAUCGAACGCCAGAGACUAAUUCUGCGUUGCAGGUUUUGUAACGAAGCACACGACGGUCGUCCAAAGAACUGGUACAAGAUCCCUCAAUUGGGUAUAUCUGAACCAUACGAAGUACAGGCGGAUACUUAUAACGACGUUGCAAUGAAUAGGAUAAAAAUAAAUUACAAAAAUAGUUUGAUUUUUGAGAAUUUCACUAGAGAAGACGUUGGGUUUUACUACUGCGUCAAUUUUGAAGAUCAGACUAAUAGAGAAAAGUUUAAUUAUUUAGUGGAUAUCGUCUUUCAAGAUGAGAUUGCGGCAAUGGAGAAAGGGAACAUUACAGCUUGGGCAAAGUAUCAGACGGAUUACCUAAAACCGAUCAACAAACUGCUGCAGAGCUCAAAAUCGCCAGAGAUUGUUAAAAUUCGGGGACUAUUUAAACUGCAUCUAGAACUCAUUACUCAAUGGUCGACUUGGAGUAUGUGUCAAGUAUGCGGACGCCCUCAAGGUCAAGGAAUAAGGAGGAAAACUGGAAAGUGCAAAAUUAAAAUCACGCCCUCGACUAACGCGAUCAAUUUGACGCUUCCCGAUGAUAUUUAUUUGUUCAAUGCUCCCGCAAUUUCAUGCAGGAGUCAAAGACUGCAUCAUCUGUUUCCCGGAUUUAGUAAUUUAACACGAAUCAUUCCUGAUUUCGUUCUGCAGGAAAGGUGUGACGGAAUAUGCAGUCCCGAUGCGGAAGGAAUCGGUAAAGGAUGGAAAGUGGGUAAAGGCAAAGGCUACAAGUACCGCAAAACUUCAGUCUUGCAGGAAAACUCCCAUUUAACUUUCGUUUGUCCAGAAUCAACUUUGGACAACCGGGUCGUCUGGAAGAAGAACGGUAAAGUUCUCAAAAAAGGAGACAACAGUUACCCCCAUGUCAUGGUCGACACAUUCAGCACGUUGUAUUUGAUUGAGGUGACUCGCUCGGAUGCUGGCAACUACACGUGCGAAGUAGACGAUAUCAGAAUGCAGCAAAUUGUCGUAUUCGUCCAUUCGAAAACGAAACUUUUAACGGGCGAAUUGGUCCGCUACAUGGUUUACUUGGGAUUUAUUUUAUUUCUGUCAUCGUUUUGCUAUUGCGCUGGCUUAGUCGUGACAUGUCAGAGACGACAUACCUUCAAGAGUUACCGAGAUCUCAAAGAGCAAGAGCCGGACCAUAAAAAGCAAGAAUACGAGAGUUUAAUUAAAUGA